ACCUUCAAAGGCUGUGCACUGCAUUGUUGAUUGACAGGUUAAUCCCCUGUCCGACAUGCGUGUAGAGGGAUGUAUCGUUGAAAUAAUAAUCUUUUCACUACCGUGCAAAACAGUUCCUGCUUUCCUGUAACAAAUUAAAUUUCAGUCUGUCAUUACUUUUGGUCGGACUGCCGAGGUCCAGUGUUGUAAAUCAUCAUCUCCUUGCCAAGAGUUAACUGUGUGUACUGCUCUCUGGGUCCCAAAAAGUGUUGCCUAACUAUGAAGAAAGUAUGUUUUAAAAUAAUUUUUUGGUUGGAUGAGGGAAGUGAGGAUUGGAUCAUGCUGCUCUCCAAGGUGCUGAAAUUUCUACUGUAUUCUUUCGCUCGAGGAAAAGGGGGAACUGUGUAAUUGCUUAACCUCGUGACUAGUCUAUUUUUCACGAGUACAGAUAUUUUUAAGUAAUUUUUCUUAUUUUAACAGAAAAAAACAGCCACCACUAUUGAAGACUAAAUCUUUCUACCUUAGCAAUUCCUUCCUGAUUAUUUAUUUAUUUAUUACAUAUGAUAUUUGUUCUUUCAGUUUCUUAAUGAAUAAAGUCACAUGGUAUAGUGCAUGUAUUUGAUAAUUGAUAAUGAAACUAUUUAUAAUAUCCUGCAGGUGUCGCUGUAACACCAAAAAGGCCAUUAACAAGCGGGUCCUGCUGUCGCUUUUUGUCUGCAAUCCGAAGAGAGCGUUCAUUUGUUCCGGGACUCCGAAUUGUGCGGUUUGAUUUCUGAUGACAUUGCCACCAUCGCUGGGACUGGACAGGUUUAUCAUUAUUAUUUUUGAGUGUGUGUGUGCAGCGCUUGUCUUGUCGAAAUAACAAUGAAAGGAGAACGAGGACGGAAAACAAGGAGCUUUUUGUGCUUUCUUCUGCAUUCUUCUCUGUUGUUUUUCGGGGAGCGUGCUUUGGCCGAGCUUCGCUACUCUAUUCCCGAGGAAAUGGCGACUGCAUCUGUUGUGGGCAAUGUUGCAAAAGACCUCGGACUGGACAGAAGCGCACUCAGUGACAGGCGUUUCAGGGUGGUGUCGGGAGCCGUGGACGCAUAUUUCGAGGUAAACGCAGACAAUGGCGCCCUGCAGGUCCGACGCAAAAUUGACCGGGAGGAGCUUUGUCAGGGGAGCGCCGCCUGCUUGCUGGAGCUCAAGAUCCUGGUUGAGAAUCCCCUUGAGGUGCAUUAUGUAGUGGUGGAAAUCACAGAUGUGAACGACCACAGUCCUGUUUUUUCCCAAAAGAAACAGAUUUUUGAAAUAGCUGAACAUUCAUCACCAGGAACACGAUUCCAGCUGCACGCAGCCAGCGAUCCAGAUGCUGGAAUGAACUCGGUGCGCACGUACACGCUAUCGCCUAAUGAACACUUUGAACUCGAUAUUGUUCAAAGUGACGAUGAAAAAAUACCGUUUUUGGUUCUGAAGAGGUCAUUAGACAGAGAACAUAAAAAUAAGCACUUCCUAUUUGUUACUGCAAUCGAUGGAGGGAAACCUCAAAAGUCAGGUACGCUUAAUGUAUCCGUUAUUGUGCUUGACAGCAACGAUAAUCGACCAAUUUUUAGUCAGGACACUUAUAAUGUUGAAAUAUAUGAAAAUCUGGCAGAUGGUACAAUUGUUGCACGAGUGAACGCAACAGAUCCAGACGAAGGUAUGAAUGGUGAAAUAGAAUACAGCCUGAGCAAGACUUUGGCAAGCAAAGUGUCUGAUAUUUUUGAAAUCGAUAGCUUGAGUGGCCAAAUUAAGUUGAAAGGGGCGGUGAACUACGAAGAAUCGGAUAUUUACAAAAUAGAAAUUGAGGCCUCUGACAAAGGAAUACCACCACUGACAAGCAGGUGUCGUGUGGUUGUGAGAAUAAAAGAUGUCAAUGAUAAUCCGCCCGUCAUCGAGGUGAUGUCACUGUCAAAUAAUGUGUUAGAGGACUCAAAGCCUGGUACGGUUAUUUCCCUCAUUAGUGUUAAGGAUAAAGACUCUGGUGUGAAUGGUAAAGUCAUUUUGCAUAUCACCAACAAUGUCCCUUUUGAAUUAAAACCUUCCUAUAAGGAGAACACAUAUUCAGUUGUUACAAAGGGAUUCUUGGAUCGUGAAGAAGUUUCUCAUUAUGAAAUAACAAUUGAAGCUACAGAUUGCGGAGAUCCUCCUUUGUCUAGUUCUAGGGCAUUUGACAUCGAGUUGUCUGAUGUGAAUGACAACAAUCCACGUUUUGAACAAAGCCCGUUUAAUUUUUACCUGGUAGAAAACAACAUCGCAGGAGCAUCAGUAUUCUCCUUAAAGGCAAUUGAUAAUGAUGUGAAUGAAAAUGCAGUUAUUCAAUACAAAAUAGCUCGAACUGAGAAGGAUAACACAGUAACAUCUUUUAUGAAUAUACAUUCUGAAAAUGGAGACGUAGCAGCAUUAAAAAGUUUUGAUUUUGAGACGGUGAAAAGUUUCCAAUUCCAAGUAGUGGCCACCGAUGCUGGAAGUCCUCCACUGAGCAGCAACGUGACAGUGAAGGUGUUCAUUCUGGAUCAGAACGACAACGCUCCAGUCAUCCUGUAUCCAGUCAGCUCCAACGGUUCUGCCGAAGGGGUGGAGGAGAUUCCCCGCAAUCUCAAAGCAGGAGACUUGGUGACGAAAGUCCGAGCCUAUGACGCCGAUAUCGGAUAUAACGGCUGGUUGCUGUUUUCGCUGCAGCAAGUCAGCGACCACAGCCUGUUUUCUUUGGACCGCUACACCGGCCAGAUCCGAACACUUCGCUCCUUCACGGAGACGGACGAGGCUGAGCAUCGACUGCUCAUCCUGGUCAAAGACAACGGCAACGUGUCGCUCUCGGCAACAGCCACCCUGACCGUCAAGCUCGUAGAACCCAAAGAGGCUUUUGCAGCUUCCGAUGUGAAAAGUGCAGCAAAAGUGGAGGAGGAGGACAACGUGACUUUUUAUCUCAUCAUCACUUUGGGCUCGGUGUCGCUCCUUUUUGUCAUCAGCAUCAUCGUGCUGAUCGCCAUGCAGUGCUCCAAAUCCACAGAGUACACUUCCAAAUAUCUGCAAGACGCCAAUUAUGACGGCACGCUGUGUCACAGCAUCCAGUACAGAUCAGGAGACAAGCGCUACAUGCUAGUCGGACCCAGAAUGAGUAUCGGUUCGACCAUGGUCCCUGGCAGCCACGCCAACACUCUGGUGCUUCCUGACAGGAGACACACGUCGGGGGAGGUAAGCUUUGAGUUAUUAGAUUAUUAAAUGAUUUCUACUGCGCACAUGAAUUUUCACAUCCAUGUAAUUCGACUUUGUUGUAUGUGGACUCUUGAGUGAAAAUGGGAGUGAAGUUAUAUAAUAAAUGGUACAGAUUUUGUGCAGUCUUUUUGGUCAGGCAAGUGUUCAGAUUACAGAGCCUUUAGUUUGUUCUAAGCAUGAGACCAUUGUCUAUAAUGAGCUGGUGUAUCUUUUGAGGAACUUGAAGCAGUGAAAGUAACUGAGAGCUAUACACCUGUGGAGUAACAUUUACAAGCAGGUUUAUUCCUGUAGCUACAUUUGCCCUGAUUUGCACAUAACUUCCACCCAUCUAUUUUCGAAUCCUUUUAUUCUCACGGAGAUCGCAGGCAUGCUGGAACCUGUCACGGCUGUCUUUGGGCAGUAGGCAAGGGACACCCUGAACCAGUUGCCAGCCAAUCGCAUGGCAGACGACAAACAACCAUUUACACUCACAGUCACACUGAAGGACAAUUUUGAGUGUUCCAUUAUUCUGCCUUGCAUGUUUUUGGAAUUGUGAGGAAACCGGAGUACCCGGAGAAACGCAUGCAGGCAUGGAGCAAAUAAUCAAAUUCCACACAAGGAAGACCGGGGCCGGAAUUGAACCCUGCACCUCUACACUGUGAGGUGGACCAGGCUAACCACUUGAUCAUCGUGCGGCUCUUGCACACAGCACACUUAAAAAAAAACAAAACAAAACAACAUGAUUCUCUUGUCAAAAACAAUUGACAUUUUUGUUAAUUCAUAUUAUUCGGAUUGUAUUAUGUCAUAAUAUUACACUUAGUGGAGGCCCUCUUAUAGAAAAUUAGUUGUAUACGCCUAUAUGAGCAUUUCAAUAAGAAAGAAAGAAAGAAAGAAAGAAAGAGAAAGGAAGAAGAAGAAAAAGCAAAAAAGAAAGAAAGCAGUAAGUGAAUAUUUGUGUUUGAAGACUCACAACGAGCAUGCUGCAUCAUGUUCAUGUCCAUCUCAGCAUCCUGCCGCAUAUGCAUGCAGAGAGCGCAUAUUGCUUGUUUGCAGAAAGAUGGACAUUGGCAUUCAUGGGGGAUCAUUCUUAUGUCUAUGUAUUUGAAUGAUUAUUCCUCAAUGAAGUUGGUGAAAAGCAGUUCCACAUUGUAUCUUUUCCAAAUGCCAGAAUCACAGGCAAAUACUUGUGCUCAUAAUGCACCUUUGUGAAACAAAAGUGCGUUUCAAAGUCUUUGAGGAGACAACUUUUGACUCUCUCUCUCUCUCUCUGUCUCGAAAUAUGUGCAUGUCUCUUAUUGGCGUUACUGCGUGCCACUGAUGUCGUGGCAACCUCAGCGGUCGCUGAGUGGUUUGGCUCAUAUUUUGACCUGACCACGCCUCCCACCCCACCACUUGCAAUGACGGGCAGCACCACUUGAGAAACUUGACUUGACUUUACAGGUAGUUAGCGAAGAAUCGUUCAAUCUCGGGAGGAGGAGGGACCCCCGUGAUUUUGUUUGUGUGCUUGGGAAUUUGGAUUGAAUUGAUUAAGUGAAGACCAAACGCGCAUGCUCAAAUAUUUCCAACUCAUUUGUAAAAAAAACAAAAGCCACUAAAGUGAGAACAACUUUGGAAUAAGGUUGCGGGUGGAACAUUUUGAAAUGAAGCAAAGCUUCAUUUGGCAAUUUGAAAAAAAUAAUAUUUAUA